UAAAAACUUGAGUUUUUUAGUUCUUAAAAUAAAUUUCAGGUGGUAGAUACCGCUUGGUGACAGGUUAUCCCAGGUGACUGCUUACAGUUAGAAAGGUGUUUGAGAUAAGGUAGCGUAUGGUCAGAUCCUGAACACUUAUGGAGUUCAAGGAGUGAUGUGAGUAGGAACCAGGUAUACGCGUAUAUAUGUGCACUUCUGCAGUUAACAGGUUUCCUUUGGGUAAGUUGGCACAUAAAUGAGUUUAUAUUUAUAAAACCUGCCACAUAAUAAUUGCUCUCAUGGAAGAUGACUAAGUUGUUAAUAUCUGCAAGUUUUUUGCUAUCAAAAGUAUUUUGACACGAUGGUCUUAUAUCUGCCAAACCCUAGCUUGAGAAUAAAAGAUAAUAGAAUGCCAGCACGACAGGCAUGAGCCCUGGCAAAUUCUGCCUGAAGGUAUUGAGCAUUGUAGCUUUUUUUCUUCCAAUCCAUGACAGUUGAUUUAGGUGACAUUCAGGGUCUGGGGAAAAUGAGCACUCCAGUCUGGCCUAAAGAUGUUGGAAGAGGAUUUUUACGCUAAGUUUGUGUCCACGUAUCUAGUAUCUGGAAAUUGUUUUAUCUGUAAGACUGGGUACGAUGAAAGGCUGAGGAUUAGAGUGUAUGUGAAGACCCUAGCACAGAGUCACUUGGUGAGAUGACUUCUCUUGUACUUCAGAUUGAUGUCCUUCAGAUGUACCAGAACUAGAAAGCAGUGAUAUAAAUUUAUUCAUUUAUUUUAUUAAUUUUUGGCUGCAUUGGGUCUUUGUUGCUGCGCGCAGGCUCUCUGUUGCGGGGAGCGGGGGCCACUCGUUGCAGUGCGCGGGCCUCUCACUGUGGCUUCUCUGGUUGCGGAGCUUGGGCUCUAGGCGUGUGGGCUCCAGAGCACAGGUCCAGCAGCUAUGGCGCACACAGCAUGUGGGAUCCCCCCAGACCAGGGCUCGAACCCAUGUCCCCUGCAUCGGCAGGUGGACUCCUAACCACUGCGCCACCAGGGAAGCUUGGUAUCAAGACUUUUUAAAGGUCCCUAAGAGAUUCUGAAGUGCAGCCAAGAUUAAGGACCAGUCCUCUGUCUAGACUGAGUCAGUCUUGGUUUUAGGAAUAUUAAAUUCCAAAGUCUAAAAUAGACCGGUCUUCCUCCCCUACCCCAUCCUCCAGGCAGGUGAAUUUCAAGUCUUUAAUGUGACAUAAAGUCCCCAGGUACUCCAUUUAAAAUGAAUCUUUUUUUAUCCCAUUGCAUAAUAUGAAAUUUCUCACCUGCCUUCCUCAAAUGUGAGGUGAGAGUUGGGCCUGUCAUUUUUUCCCCCUCGUCCUCUCAUGUUCUUUCCAGGUUCUCUUCACGUUUUAAUAGAAUGGGCUCAAAUUAUAGACUUCCUAUAAUUUCAAAUUUGAUUGCUAGGAGCUCGCCUGUCAUAGUGUAGAAAAAUUACAUAUGCUGAGUAUUGAGAUGCUGGGAUUGGUGAUUAUUACGUGUAGGUAUAAUGCAACCUUUUUCUAAUUAAUACAUGUGCCUUUGUAUUAUAUAUAAUGUUUAUGUUACUAGUAUUAUAAUAACAUAAAAGAAUUCCUGGAUUUAUUGCUUCAUCUGUAAAAUGAUAAUAGCACCUCAGAGUUGGUGUGAGGAGCAGAAUAAUUUGUAUAAGCCACUUUGAUAUGUAAAGCAUCCAUGAGUUUAUUCAAGGGGGAAAUUUGGGAAGUAAAAAAUAUAAAGGAAGGAAAAAUCACUUGUAACAACAAUAGGGAAGAUCACCGUUCAUGUUUUGCUGUAUCCUGUCAUACAUACAUAAUAUUAGAGGGAAGUAUGGUACUUACUGUUUUAUUGAUAAGUAUACAACUUUUACUGUUGGUUUUUUAAAUUUUAACGGGUGGAGGAAUAGCUGAUGAAAAGAAUUGGGUGGGGAGGGGAGAAGUGCUUUAAGUGGGUUUACUGGAAAUCAGGAGAUCUGAAUUCUGGUUCUGGAUCUGCCACUAAAUGGAUUUAGGGAAUAUUCCAACAUUCUGAGCUUCAACUUCCAGUUCUGUACAACGAGAGUUGGACGUAGAUGCUCUCUGAGCUCUUUCUGAUCCUUUGUGGGUACAAGCUUUUCAAGGGAACUGGGUUUGGGAAAUGUAUAUAAUAAAGUGGGAGCAGAGAACCUUGCUCUUAAAAAGGAAAACAGGGAGCUGGGCCCGACUGCGUUAACACUGCGCACAUUCAGUAACCCACCUUCUCUUCAAUCUCUUGAUUCCUCUUGCAUGGUUCCCUCCUAGACAUCCCUCACCUCUGGACCAUUUAAGCAACUUCCCCCGUAGCCCCGAGAGCCUACCUCGUAGGAUGGGGACAGUACGGUUUGUGUCACAGGGGUCUUUGACAUAACGUAACAAUGCGCAGGGGAGCCCCCACCUAGGACCCUCCGCUCCCUCUAGAAAAGUCCUCGGAGGCUGCGGUGGUUAGGAUGGGGCAUUUUUGCGCGUGUCCCCUGUGGCUGGAGAAGCGCUUCAUCUUGGAUGGAGUGGCCGUGAGCACCAUGGCCCGCACCUAUGAGCACUUGAGGCCUAAGCUCUGGUCGGCGAUUCCACCCUACAACGCGCAGCAGGACUACCACGCCCACCGGUACUUCCGGAGCCGCGUGGUUCCGCCCAUCUUGCGGAAAACCGAUCAGGAUCAUGGCGGUACAGGAAGGGAUGGCUGGAUAGUGGAUUAUUUCCAUAUCUUCGGGCAAGGACAGAGAUACCUCAACAGGAGAAACUGGUCAGGGGCAGGCAAGUGCGACACCUCCCUUUCCAGUCUCACCAUGGUCCCACCUAGGAAGAGUGGUGUGCAUUCCAUAGAGAGAGAAACUGGGCCAUAAAGAGACCUGGUUGGGGGAAGAGACCCAGGGUCUGACUGCAUCCUCUAGCUCUUCUUCUCAUACAUGAGCAGAUGGUGUCACAGUGCUCCCUAUUAGUUAUGGAACAUCCGCUGUAUGUCAGGUGCUUUUUACCCUCAGAGUAUCCCCAGGUUACAGCCAGGGAAAUUGAGGUUUAGGGAGUUAAAAUGAUUUGCUAAGAAGGGCUGAGCUGGGGUUGGAAUUCUCCUCUUUCCAACGAAAGCCUGUGUUCUUCUCACUGCUCCCAGGGCAGGCUGUGUCCUGCUCACUCUCUAGGCCCCAUUUAGCAGCAACAGGAAAAGGGAGAGUUGAGACCUGUUUUUCUGGCAGGGUGAACCCUCCUCCCACCCCAACUCCACCACCCUUUGGCCACAUUCUAGUCACAUGUCCCCUGGCACCAUUGGCCAAAUUGAGCUCAUCCAUUUUCUCCAGCUGGGUCAGAUGCAAGGGGGAAAUUUUCUCUGUUCUCCUGGCAGCAAAGCAAGUUCAGCCAAGCCCAGAAGUUUCUGGCCCUUCCUGUCCCAGCAUGUACCAUUCACGCUCCCCUGCAUGCUAGUCCUAGGAUGAGGCUUGGUUUCUAGGAUGCCAUCUGCCUCCUCCACCUCACCAACCCUUGGCUUUUCAGGAUUGAGGGUUCAGCUGGGACAUGGGAGCACAGUGACUACACCUGGAUUGGCCUCCUAUACCAGCCCAAUGGGAGUGGGGAAAGCAAGAGGGGGCUGAAUACAGGCUCAGGCCUCUCUCUCUGUCCCGCAAGGGCAUUCCCUCCAGCAGGUGACCGGACAUGACAACUAUAAUGCCAAUCUGAAUGCGACCCAGGGGUUCAAUGGUCGGUUUGGCUAUCGCCGGAACACCCCAGCCCUCCGCCAGCGCCCAUCUGUCUUUGGAGAGGUCACCCAAUUCCCUCUCUUCUAACAGCAGCUCUUCUCUUCACACUCCUCGACCUGAAUUUCUGAGAUGUGUAUAUGAACUCUCAGUGUUAUUUGAUAUUAAAACUUUUGUGUGUGUGUC